AAAAAAAUAAUAAUAAUAUAUAUAUAUACUACUAACCGUACACAGGAUGUCACACACAUCACAGCUACGAAUGGUCACCAUCAUCUUCAUCAUCUUCACGUUUGCAAGAAUAACAACAGAUGCUGCUGUCAGACCUGUGGUGACCUUCAUUCCACCCUGGAACAAGAUCUUACCUGGAGACGCUGUAAGAAUGACCUGUGAUGUGGACGCCACCGAGCAGGGAGACGUCACAUACACCUGGUACAGGAACAAUAAAUGGACGGAUACAGGAAAGAAUUUCACCAUUCAAUCCGCCCAGUUCAGACAUGGAGGGCGUUACCAGUGCGGAACCAGUGAGGAUAAUAUCAGCGAGGCCGUUACACUCAAUGUUACAAAGGGUCCCGUCGUCCUGCAGGCACCGCCGUACAUAUAUGAAGGAGAUGACCUCCCGCUGAGAUGUUACAGCGGCUCCAGGAACACAGCGGGGCCAAUAUUGUAUUAUAGGAACAAUACAAUGAUAAAUCCAUCCACCACUGACCCCGAAAUCCUGGUCAGAAACCCCAGAGAUGAGACCGCUGUAUACAAGUGUGAAAAACAAGUAAAAGACUAUACUACACACAGCGAUGAGACUGUCCUCACUGAUCGAGGAGCUGCUGCCUCAUUCGUGGUGACCUUCUAUCCAAACUGGAGAAAGAUCUUUACAGGAGAGUCUAUAACAAUGUACUGUAAUGGAGAGCUCCAUGGGACAUAUUCCUGGUAUAAAGAUGGGAGAUUAUUGGGGAAAAUUGAUCAGAACUUUCUUAGAAUCCAGUCUGCACAAAGACAUGACAGUGGGAGAUACCAGUGUGGAACCAGAUAUGUUCCCAGUCCUGCGGUCAGUUUGGACGUCAGCGAUGGCCCGGUCACCCUGCAGGCUCCUCUCUUUGUACAGGAUGGAGAUUACACAAAUCUGAGAUGUCACAGCCGUCCUGAGUAUUCUGAAUGGACGAAAUUCUAUAAAGAUUACAAAUUACUACAGGAUUCAGGAGAUGAAACAAUAAGCCUCAGACAAGGAGAUGUGACUGGAAGAUACAGAUGUGAGAGAAGACUGAGCAGGAAACCUGUGUCUUACACCGAUUCUGUGUCUGUUCCCAUCAGAGAGCUGUUCUCCCGUCCAGAGAUCAGACUGACCCCAUCCAAUAUUACUGAAGGUGAUGACAUGAACCUGACGUGUGACACCAGGCUUAGCCCUUACAGACAGCGCACAGAACUACAGUUUGCGUUCUACAGAGAUGGGCUUGAAGUCCAGGGAUUUACCACAUCUGAUAGAUAUGAAGUUCUGUCCGCUCAGCUGGAGGAUUCUGGCAAUUAUUCCUGUACAGGGAGAACAUUAGACGGCAGAGUGUGGAAACCAAGUCAAGAGACACCAGUUUAUGUCCAGAAUCGGAAAUACAACAUGGACGAAAAUGGACAUAACAGAUAUUUGUACCCAACAGUCUCUGUGACUCUACUGGUCAUCCUCAUUGGGUUAGCUUUUCUGAUCUUCAGAAAAAGGCAUCAGUUAAACAUAUUAGUCUCCAAAAGGAAGCCAACCAGAGAUCCAGGUGACCUAGCCUCUGCCACCGAUCAGACUGAAGACGAUGACGUCUGCUACACUACCAUUAAGUUCCCUCCAAAAGCUUCGUCACACAAAGUCAUGGACACUGUUAUCUACUCAGCCGUCAAAAUUAAGGUCAGUGACACCUGA